AUGUCGAUAACUAUAAUCGAAGAUUUCUCCAAUGAGAUUUUCUAUGAAAUAUUCGAAUAUCUCGAUGGCUUUAAAACAUUUAAAGCAUUUUCAAAUCUCAAUCAUCGUUUUACACAACUUCUUAAUUCUUCAUCUUUUCUUUUUAACCUUGAUUUACUUUGUUCAAAACUUAUCGAAUUAAAUAUGAAUAUUUAUGAACAACUUCUACUUAAUAACAAACAUCAAAUACUUUCAUUUCGUAUAUGCUUACCAAGAGAAAAAUGUGAAUUUUUUUCAUCAUUAUCAAUCGAUUCAUCAUUUAAUCAUCUUGAAUCAGUUUUUCUUAAUUCAUUUUCACCAGCUAUACUCAUGUCACUUCUCACUAAUUUAUCUUGUUUACCUCGUCUUUUCUCAUUAACCAUCGAUACAGAAUUGUUAUCAACAGAUUUAAGUGAAGCUUAUCGUUUAAUUUUGGUUUUACCAAAAUUAAAAUAUGCUACUAUUUCAGCAUUCUCAAGUAUUGGCCCUAAGUUGCUGCCAAUUGCUACCGAUGAACAAACUAGUACUAUUGAACAUCUUAUUAUUAAUCAUGAUUGUACUUUAAAUGAACUUUGUAUUCUUUUAUCUUAUACACCUAAACUUUAUCGUUUAAACUUGUUGGCUUUAACUGAAAAUUAUUCACAUCAUGAACUUAUAUUUUCAUUUAGUUGUCCUAAUUUAACUUAUCUUGCAAUAGAAAUGGCUUAUAUAAGAUUUGAUGAAUUUGAAAUGUUCAUUAUGAAAACGAAAUGUAAUUUAAAAGAUUUACAUAUUAAUGCUUUGUCUGAAGAUAGAGAUUAUCUUGAUAGUAAUCGAUGGGAGAAAUUGAUCUGUAAUUAUUUAAUUGAAUUAAAAGAAUUCUAUUUAGAAUAUCGUCAAGCAAUUGAUCCUGAAUCUGGAUCUAUAACAGAUUUUAAACCUCCUGAUCAAUGUAAUUCAUUAUUUUGGCUUGAAAAAAAAUGGACAUUCGAAGUUGAAAUGGAUUCAUUCAAUUAUGUUUAUUCAAUUUGUUCAUACAAAAAGAGAUGGUAUGAUGUUAAUUCUUCGAUUGAACUUUCAAAAUCUACUAGGCUUACACUUGUGGAUUUACCCGAUGAUGAUCAUAUGAUGGUAUUUCAUUUAAUUAUUCGUGAUCUUUUACUAGUCACACAGAUUUAUCAUUUGGAAAUUACUAAAGAAACUAUUUGUUUUAAUAUAUUAAUCAAACUAACGUAUAAAUUAUCUUCACUUGAUUCAUUAAAAAUAACUUCAUUGAUACAAUCACAAUUCGAAUAUCCAUCUAUCAAAGAUAAAAAUUUUCAUUUUGUGUCCAAGAAAAUUAAUAUUACAAAAGUUUAUUUGGAAAAAAUGUCUGCAAUUGACGAAAUUUAUUUUCUUAUGAGACUUUGUCCUCGUAUGACACAUCUUAAAGUCGAUUUUAUUAAUGAUAUGGAUAUUGAAUUAUUUAUUAGAAAUAUUUUAAAGAAAAUUAAUAAGGAUCGUAAUCAAUAUCUUCGUUCAUUAUGUAUUCGUAAGCCAACCGCAUCUGAUGAAAUUAUUCAAAAAUUAGAAGAAAUGAUUUAUCAAGGGCAAUUACUUAACCAUUUUACAAUUACAUCUGUAGAUGACAACAUCUAUUUGCAAUGGAAAUAA